CGACUGGUGCGUCGGAAAGCACGAGCACAGUCGAUUCAGCUCUGGCGCCAUCGUCCAAUACAACUGUUGCAGUUCAGCAGCAGCAGCAGCAGCAGCAAGUACCCACAAUGUCGCAACAACAACAGCAGACUAUCAUUCGCGCAGCGGCAGCACCAGUCAAAGAAACGCUUGUGUCAUCUACUUCGCGGUUUUUCUCGUUCGGCAAAAAGGAUGACUCCAACAAGCGGCGGAUCAGCUCGAGCGUGUCGUCUGCGACGCUCGCUAAAGACGCAAAUUCGACGACGACGCUGUCGUCCACGCAGUCCGGACAGACAUCAAACAAAACGCGCAACACCCCGGCUCGGCCUCGAACGCCGAAGCUGGGACCGAAGAAAAAGAGCGCGUCGCCGGUUGUGCAUAUGGCUACGCCGCCUGCGCAGACUGGGAAUGGAGUGUCGAGCGGGUCAAGAACGUUGUCUACAGAGUCGCCGUAUAUUGACCUGCCCGAAAAUUUCGUCGAGAGCACCGGUUUCAGCCUGGACGAAGACUUUGCCAGUAUCCUCAACAACCAAAAAUUCGCCUCCUCCCCGCGCUCGCCCGGCAAAGCCGCCAGCGCACGACUGCAGUCUCUUCUGCGCCGCCGACCGAGCCGAGCCACAAUGCGCUCGUUCGUCACCGGUAGCUCGCCUGCCUCGUCGCCGCGCAUGCAGCGGCAGGACGGCGGGUCGCAUAAUCGGCAGCCGUCGGGAUCGAUGCUGGCUAGCUCUCCGCCGGAGGGCGAGUCUCUGUGGACGACGAGCGCGUCGUCGCCACUUUAUCGAGCCGAUAUUCCAAACAUGCCGACCGAGUUGCUGGAUACGGUGCGCAUAUUGAGCUCCGAGUCCGGCGCGGGGCUAGAUGAGCCGAUUGAUCUCGAUUACGCGGACUUGACGCUGACGGUCGACAACAGCCGACGGCACAGGAUGGCGGGCUGGGAUGAUGACGGCGAGGAUGAGAUCACGAAGCUAAAGUACGAGCUUGCGCGCGCGACGCAGCGGAUUGUCGAGCUGGAGGCACAGGCAAAGUCAGCGCACGGGUCUGACGACGCGGCGAAUCUGGAUGCGAAGAUUGAAGAGCGUCGGCAGACGAUUGCGAGCCUGGAGGCGCAGCGGACGGUGAUGCAGACCGAGGUCGAGGUGUUACAGGACCACAAUCCGAACACGCCAAAGACGCAUCAAGCGACGAGUAGUUUGGCAGACGAGACUGAGAAACUGUCGCGGAUGAAAGCCGAGCUGGAGUCGGCGAAGAAGGUGCUGCAGACCGAGAUUGAGGAGCUGAUUGCGCAGCGCAACGGCCUUUUGGAAGAAAACGCGCGGCUGAUGAAGUUGCGCGAUGCGGCGACGGUCGAGUCUGAACAUCUCAAUACGAAGAACCUGCAGCUUUCGAAUAUGAACGAUGAGAUCACGCGGCAGAUCCAGGACAAGUUUAAGAACAACAAAGUGUCGCAUUCGCCUGCGCCUAGUGAUUCGUCUGCGUUCAGUGCCGCCGGUCGUGGUGCGUCGCGGCAUAAGAACGAGGGGUCGGCCGAUUAUUCGCCGAGUAUGUCGAGUGGCAAGAUCCCGUUGUUCUCGCGACACAAGGAUACCAGCAGUGCAUCUGGUGUAGCUCCGCCCACCAACGACGAGAAAGCUAAAUCCCCGCUGGUGCAGUCCAGCGGCGGCCCUAUUGUGGAUGAGGUUCCUGAAGUGGUAGUUGCAGAAGAGACGGUCCAUCUUGCGAAGCCAAUCACGAUAAUCUCGACGUCGACAUCCUCCUCGUCUCCGUUGACGCGCAAUCGCAGCGGUAGCGGAAGUGCAAGCAACUCGAGUGCGCCGACGAUGGUCCACAGUAUCAGCAGCCGCGAGAUUAACCAAGGAAAUAGCAACGGCGGCGGCGGCGGACUGAAGUUUUGGAAACGAAAGCGAGGGCCGGGCGCGGCGGUUGCGAAGGGGUUUAAUAAGAUGUUUACAAACGAAAGUGGAGGACACCAAGGUGGUGUGGGUGGACUCCAGGGCUUUGCGUAUAACUCGAACGGGUCGAUGUCUUCUUUUGAAGAAACCGAGCAGCACGAACAGCAGCCGCAGCAGCAGCAAUACCUGCAACCGCCGCAGCAGAAUAGUACCGGCGGCUUAGGAAUCUCGCUUCCCAAAAGCGCGAGCGCGAUGUCUGCGCUGAACGUGAUGGCCGGAAACGGCGGGAACGGGAAGCACUCUGCGACAUCGAAGCUGCGGGGGAUGGCGAUGAAGGUUUCCGGUAACGGCGGCGGCGGGUCGAGCGAGGAGCUAGCCGAAGCUAAUGGCCAGCCAAAGUUAUUUGGGAUGGAUAUAAGCGAGCGGGCGGCGAUGGAAGGCCGGAAGAUUCCGAUGAUUAUCACGCGUUGUAUUGAGGAGGUGGAGGUGCGCGGGAUGGACUACGAAGGCAUUUAUCGGAAGAGCGGGAUUAAGUCGCAGAUCACAGCGAUCCAGUUGCUGUUUGAGCGGGCGCCGAGCGAGGUGUGGGAUCUGAGCGAGGCGGAGAUGAACCAGCUCGUGCGCGAGAAGCCGGUGGAGGAUAAGGACAAGAAGCUGUCGCAGUGGGACCUGGUCAUUCGCUGGUACCAGGAACUGACGGAGGCCAUGGCGCAGGAUAUCUGCGGCGUGACGAGCGUGCUGAAGCAGUAUCUGCGGUAUAUCCCGAACCCGAUCAUCACGUUUGACUCGUACCUCGCGUUUGUGAACUUGAUUGACAUCGACGACGUCGAGGGCCGGAUCUACAGCAUGACGCAGAUCGUAAAGUCCUUGCCGUCGGCGCACCAGCGGUGCUUGGAGGUCUUGGUGCGGCAUUUGGCGCGGGUUGUCGAGAGCAGCGAUAAGAAUUUGAUGACAUCACGCAAUCUCGCGGUCGUCUUCGCGCCGACGCUCGUCCGGGACUACUCUGGCUCGCGCGAAAUCAUGGACGCGAACAAGAAGGGCAUCGUGGUGCAGUUUAUGAUUGACCACGCGCAGCGUGUUUUCGGCGACGAAGGCCUGCUCGUCUAGGCUGAAAUGCCAUUAGUUUAAUUCUAUGAGUCUGUUAUGAAUAGUGCGGGGGUUUUGUUUUUUGUUGAACUGCUGUUUUGAUGAUUCCCUGUUCGAGUUAGCUUGUUUAGUUGGUUAUGUAUCAUAGUUCUGUGUUUAUACUCACUUUUGUUUAUGAGACUUGAAAGUUUUUUUGGUCGCCGGCGUCGUUCUUGCUCUUAGUGAUGAUAGUGUCCAUGUACUUCUUUGCUUCUGUCUUCUUCUUAUGUUGUUUUGUGUCGUUGUAAUGUAAAUUUUAUCUAAAUGUACAAGUCAAUGAAUCCAAUUCAAUCUAU